CAAUCCACUCAAAGAACCUGGUGUCCAUCGUGUACCUGCUGGCGCUGGCUAUCUACUACGCGGCACCCAUCCGCUUACCUGAGCAUGUGUCCGUCAAGGUGAUCGUAAUCAAGAAAAAGGAGGGAAUCCUGCAGACUGCUCAUGUGACCAAACAACUCACAAGUACCACAACAGACAUGAUGAUUGGAAGAUCAGAACGUGAUGCUUUUGACACCUUAUUGGAUCACGCACCUGACAAACUCAAUGUAGUGAAAACAUCGCUGAUUACAUUUGUGAAUAAACACUUGAACAAACUGAACCUGGAGGUGACGGAGCUGGAAUCACAGUUUGCAGAUGGUGUCUAUCUGGUGUUACUGAUGGGAUUGUUAGAAAAUUACUUUGUGCCGCUGUACAACUUCUACCUCACUCCUGAAAGCUUCGAACAGAAGGUAAGUCAUAAUGUCUCAUUUGCUUUUGAGCUCAUGCAAGAUGGUGGUUUACAGAAACCCAAAGCGAGACCAGAAGACGUGGUGAACUUGAAUCUGAAGUCAACACUCAGGGUGCUUUACAACCUUUUCACCAACUACAAGAACUCAGAGUAACACUGGAAGAGAUCCGAGGAAAGCCGCUACAUGCCUCACUGAUGCCAGGACUUCUGCGCUCACACAUGCACACACAUCCCCAGUGUUUCUUUUAUAC